GGAGCGUACGAAGUGCACCAAAGUCCUGCGCAUGCGCGGUGUCCUGGCCGGGCAGGAACUCACUCCUGUCCACUUAUUCCUGGGCUUCCUCCCUCCCCGGGAUCUGACUGUGACGCCGGGUUCCAUGUCCCCGGCUCUGAGCUUGGGUACGGAACGCGGUCCGGCCGGUGAUGGUGAGAAACCGAAUACACCGCCUGCUGACUGCAAUCAAUAGGAGGAUGAUGAAGCUGCUCAUUGCACUCGCCCUGAUCGCCUAUGUAGCCUCUGUUUGGGGAAACUUUGUCAACAUGAGCAGGUCAAUCCAGGAAACCGGAGGAGAACAGAAAAUGGAAAAGAAAAUAGAAGAGGUUAUUGCACCAUUAAGGGAAAAGAUACUAGAUCUGGAGAAGAGUUUUACACAAAAGUACCCACCAGUAAAAUUUCUUUCAGAAAAGGACAGAAAGAGAAUCCUGAUAACUGGCGGAGCAGGAUUUGUGGGGUCACAUCUCACAGACAAACUGAUGAUGGACGGCCAUGAAGUCACCGUUGUGGAUAACUUUUUUACUGGCAGGAAAAGAAAUGUGGAGCACUGGAUUGGUCAUGAGAAUUUUGAACUUAUUAAUCAUGAUGUUGUUGAGCCACUUUACAUUGAAGUGGACCAAAUUUACCACUUGGCUUCUCCUGCAUCUCCUCCAAAUUACAUGUAUAAUCCCAUCAAGACACUGAAAACCAACACAAUAGGGACACUGAAUAUGUUAGGACUAGCGAAACGUGUUGGAGCUCGGCUCCUGCUGGCUUCCACUUCAGAGGUCUAUGGAGAUCCUGAAGUACAUCCUCAAAAUGAAGACUACUGGGGACAUGUGAAUCCUAUUGGUCCCCGAGCAUGCUAUGAUGAAGGGAAGCGUGUGGCUGAAACAAUGUGUUAUGCUUAUAUGAAGCAGGAAGGUGUGGAGGUCAGAGUGGCUCGGAUAUUUAAUACAUUUGGCCCACGUAUGCACAUGAAUGAUGGAAGGGUCGUCAGUAACUUUGUUCUGCAAGCACUACAAGGAGAACCUUUAACUGUCUAUGGUUCAGGAUCUCAAACCAGAGCCUUUCAGUAUGUCAGUGACUUGGUUAAUGGACUUGUAUCUUUAAUGAACAGCAAUGUCAGCAGCCCUGUGAAUCUGGGGAACCCAGAAGAGCACACAAUCCUGGAAUUUGCAAGAUUAAUUAAACACCUUGUUGGGAGUGGUGGAGAAAUCCACUUUCUUUCAGAAGCCCAGGAUGACCCACAAAGACGAAAACCAGAUAUCGGGAAAGCCAAGCUUUUACUUGGUUGGGAGCCUGUGGUUCCUCUAGAGGAAGGCUUGAACAAAACCAUCCACUACUUCAGCAAAGAACUUGAAUAUCAAGCAAACAACCAGUAUAUCCCCAAGCCUAAACCAGCCAGAAUAAAAAAAGGUAGAAUGCGACUGAACUGAACACUCCAUAAAGAAGGAAGGCUACUUUGACGGUUUACAGGAUGUAAUUAUUGUUCUCCUUUUCCCCUUUGUUUCUUUUACAAGAAAAGACUUCUGAGGGACAUCAUGAAGAAUAAAACUGGAAUUUCCCUAUGAAGCUUGCUUUAAAGGAAUGGAUGUGCCUAAAAACAUUGAACUGCAAACAUGGCCUUGCACUUUUUCAAUUUGUCUUUCUAUGUACAGUAGUGUAGGAAACACAUGGAAAUCUACACAUUUUAUAUAUCUUGCUGUGACUGUUUUUGACUACUGUCUCUGGACAGGUCAGCCCUAGCCCCAUAACUGGUGGGGCCAGCUAAGCAUUGCCGUUCAGUUCUUUUUCAGAGCCUGUGAAGAACAACGGGUUUGAAAACUGGUUUCGUUUGAAGCUGAAGCAACAAAUGAAAACAGAAAAUGCCAAUUUUAUUUAUAUAUGUUGAAAGAUGUGGGGGUACUUUUACAUAUUAAAUGUAUUCUAUGCAUAAAAUGGUAGCAGUGUUGCCAGAGAAUCAGCUUUGACAUACUGCCGACUUUAAUAGGACUCAUUUACAGGUAAUGAUGUUGGAGAGUGUAAAAAUGAUGUGAGAAAGCUCUAUGGGUUUCUUUGUUUUUUGUUGUUUUUGUUUUUUAUGGUUUGUUUUUACUUAAACAUUAUUUUUGGUUUUCUUUUCUUGAAGAUUCACCAAGCUGUAAAUUUGAAUUUAAAAACAGCUAUUAUAAAUAAGAAUAUUUUGAAUCAUUAUUGUGUUAAGUGUACUCUUGGAUAAAAAAAUAAAAAUAAAGUAUUACCAGUU